GGAAGAUCUGUUGUCCAUACCUGUUUGCUCGGAUUGCUGGAACCGAGUAAUAUCAGGAUACCUUUCGCUUGAACACACCUUAACAGGCUAGCCAUUCCUCAAGGCCUCACAAUCUGCGCUCCCUCGAGAUUAAAAGAGAUACGUUGUCAUCGUAGAGGAUGUUAGAUCCCAGCAGCAGUCAGAAACGAAGGCAGAUGACUCAAUCAAAGUCGAUGUUACCGAUGAGGUGGAUUUUGUCGAUUAUUACGAGCAGGCUACUAGCCGUUUAGUAGUGGACCCCGAACAGGCGAAGGUCGAGUUUGGGGAGGUAAUGGCCUCUAGGCUCAAGCUUAGCCCUGAUGGGUUGAAGGUUCUCUGGCCUCAACCCGCUGACGACCCGAACGACCCGCAAAAUUGGACCGAUUUCCGCAAGACUGUGCACUUGAUCAUCAUUACAAUGUCUGCAGUGGUACCUGACUUCGACUCUGGAAUUGGAAUCGCGUCGAUAUUUAGCCUCGCUCAAACUUAUGACACGACCUCGGGUGUCAUCAACGAUCUGACGUCAAACUGGAGCAUCUUCCUUCUGGGUUGGGGAGGCAUCUUCUGGGUUAUGCUCAUGAGACGGUAUGGUCGGUUGCCAGUACUCUUCUGGAGUCAGCUUUUUGCGUUUGCAUUCUUGGUUGGUGCCACAUUAGCGCCGAAUCUAGCCACCUUUGCAGGGAUGCGUUGCCUGACUGCAUUCUUUGGGCAGGUCGUGACAGGUCUUUACGUCGUGACGGAUAUCUUCCCCUUCCAUCUUCAAGCACGGAAGCUGAACAUCUGGACCUCAGGUUUUGUUAUAUCGCCUUUCUUAUCACCGUUUGUAUUUGGCUUUCUUGUAGCGCGUGCGAGCUGGAGAUGGGCCUAUGCUAUAGGAUCUAUUUACAGCGCCAUCGUAUUAUUUCUCAUUGCUUUUUUUAUGGAAGAAACUAUGUAUGAUCGUCACCUUGCAUUGAAGCCACUGCAAAUUUCUACGGGACUGCGAUAUCGAUUUGAAACUUUGAUAGGUGUCACUGGGCACAAGAUGGCAAAAUACAGACCGCGAUGGCCGGAAGUUCUAGUGGCAUCUUUGGAUGUCGCUUGGCGUCCUCAGUUUUUCUUUGUAGUUUUCUUUGAGGCAUUGGUUUUCGGGUUCUCGAUCGGUGUGAACACGACAAAUGUUGUCUUCAUGGGAUCUUCUCCUCCCGUCGGAUUUGGCUUCAGCCAAUAUGCCGUGGCUGGGGCGUAUGCGACUCCAAUUGUCGCCGUCCUUCUUGGCGAGUUCAUUGGACGAUACGUCAAUGAAUUCAUUAUGGACCUGCAUAUUCGCAAAAACGGUGGUUUCUUCGAGGCCGAGAGCCGCUUGUGGACCUGUUACUUAGCCAUGCCGCUUUAUAUCUGUGGCUUUUUGACGCUGGGUGCUGGGAUACAAAAUCUCAACGAAGCCGCUCUCAUCAUAGGCUGGGGCAUUGCAUUUGUUGCAAUCACCCUCAACACUGUUGCAGUGUACGCAUAUUGUAAUGACUGCUUCCCUCGCAGGGCAGGCGAAGUCAGUGCCCUCUUAAACUUUGCAAGAUCAGUGGGCGGUUUCGCAGUCGCAUAUUUCCAAGUCCCAUGGGCUACAAAAUCUGGAGCAUUGAUGGUAUUUGGUGUUGAAACAGCGCAAGUGAUAUCGCUUGACGCACUCGAAGAGUCUGACGAUUUUUAUAGGCUUGUGAUUGGCAUGUUUUUCAUCGCCGUUCCUAUGACACAACUGAAGGGAAGCUACUUCCGAG